AUGGAGGGGAUUUUUUCGAUAAAAUCUGACGUCUAUAGUUUCGGGGUGUUAAUGCUUGAAAUCAUUAGUGGUAGGAGAAAUAGUAGCUUCUACAAUGCUGAUCAUGUGCUCAAUAUAGUAGGAUAUGCAUGGGAGUUAUGGAAAGAAGGCAUGGGGCUAGAGCUAAUGGAUCCAACACUAAAGGAUUCAUGUAUUGAAGAUCAAUUGUUAAGAUGCUUCCAUGUUGGUCUGUUAUGCGUGGAAGAAAAUGCAGAUGAUCGGCCCUCCAUGUCUGACGUCGUAUCUAUGUUGACCACUGAAACAAUUUCAUUGCCAUUACCUACAAGGCCAGCAUUCGUCAUAAGAAGAAAUGUUAUUAAGUCUGAUAUAAGUAGAGGGGAGUUGCAAGUUAUAUCAGUAAAUGGCUUGUCUAAUACCACAGUUGCUGGACGAUAG